CCAGGUCUGCGCGCUAUGAAACCGAGGCAGCGUAAACAGUACUUCAGGAACAUGAAAAGAUCGGAUGACAGUGAGAGGGAAAAGAGGAGAAAGAGGCGGAGGCUUUUACAGGAACUGGGAGAGCAGAGGAUUCCUUACCUUUCUCCUGCAGACCCAGGAUUUCAGGAACUGUGGGACUCCAGUUAUGCAGGACUGGCUUUACGACAGUCUAGUGCCCUGCCAGAUGGUCUCCAUGAGAGGGUGCAGUCUGCUUUGAAAACUCUUCAGCGGCGUGGAUGUCUCCUCCGAGAUCUUGUCCGAGUCCGAGACCGGGACGUCUUCACAGCCGUUUCGCGUGCUCUCGUGGGUCAGCCGGGCUACACGUACCGUUAUCUGGACACCCGUCUGUUCACCAUCCCCUGGCACUGUGAGGGAGAAGAAGGCCAGAAAGAUGAGAAAGAGAAACCUUGCUGUGACUCUGACCUGAGGGACGCUUGCAAAGCAUUGUGGGAACUAAAUCAGUUCUUUUGCUCGGAUGUAAAGCUGCAGACAAACGCAAGAGGGGUCAAGCGUUCCCGCAGUGACACCGAAAACAGUGAAGAAACAGCGGGGGAAGGGAUGUGUGAAGAGAGUGUUAAGGACAGGUUAGUUGAGGAGAAGCAGGAGAAAGAGAAGGAGGAGGAAGAGGAAGAAGACAGCGGUCAGGGCUGCUCUCAUUCCUCACCUCCUUCAUCCGCUCCGCCACCUGAUGUGGCCGGCCUGGUUCAGUUUAACAUUACGCUCAUCAACUACAUGGACCCUACAGCCAUGACUCAGCUGAAAGAAGAGCCGUAUUAUGGAAUGGGCAAAAUGGCGGUCGGUUGGCAUCAUGACGAGAACCUGGUUCCUCUGUCACCAGUUGCUGUCUACAGCUAUAGCUGCCCAGCAGAGCCAAAGAAUGAAGGGGUGACUGAAAAAGACGGAGAGGGACAGAAUAAAGAAAAGGAAAAAGAAAAAAAAGGUGAAGGAACAAGCAAAGAAGAACUGAAGGUAGAAGGAGAAGUUUCGGAGAAGGAGGAAGUGCAAAAAGAGAAGGCGUGUUGGCGUGUUGGACUGAAGGUGGCCUGGGACAUCCACACACCAGGUCUGGCUUUGCCUCUACAGUCUGGAGACUGCUACUAUAUGACAGAUGAUCUGAAUCGGACACAUCAGCACUGUGUACUGGCUGGUGACACGGCUAGAUUCAGCUCCACUCACAGAGUCGUACAGUGUUGUACAGGAACGCUGGACUACAUACAGAAACGCAGCUCAGAGGCCUUGGAGAAUUUACACACCGACCCUGAGAAAAACACCAAGAGCCUGAAGUCCCUCCUCCCCUCCGCCCUCCAGCACAUUGAGGACAUCCACAACGAGGUGGAGUUUGAAUGGUUGAGGCAGUACUGGUUCCAGGGCCGGCGUUACGCUCGAUUCUGCAGCUGGUGGACUAAACCCAUGGAACAGAUGGAGAAAGACUGGAAGGAAAUGGAGCGAAUGACUCAGCUGCUGUUGGCCGUGGUGGAGGACGAGAACACGGCACAGGAGAACAGAAGAGAGAUGGCAGACAUUUUACUGAACGCCCUGUCGGACAGACAGCAGCACAGGCAGACAUGGAGGGACAGAUGCCAGUCAAGCCUGGCACAGACCUUGCCCCCCGAGGAAGCGCCUGUCGACCGACCCUAUUGGAGUAAUGAAGAUCCUGACAUGCCCCUCCCCUUUGACCUCUCUGAAAUCAUCAACCGUGUUGAGUCGCUUCUCUGGAGGAUGUAAGUUGUUAGUAAAGGAAUGAGAUUAAAUGGAGAGAAAGAAUGUUAUGAGGUGGAUGUUAAGAGAUAGAGGCCGGGAUGGAGAUCACAGGUGACAAAAACAAUACAACACACACCUGUUCAGUUUCUCCUUUCUGGCCCACCUUUGCCUGAAGACCAACAUUCACCGCCACACACACCACAUUAAGAUCCACUCGGAUGAAUGGACGGAUAUAAGGAUGGAUACAGUGGUGCAUACAGGGUGACAUCUGGACGGGACAUUUUAUUUCCUAUUUCCAUCAGUAUCGUUUACUAUCACUUUAACAGAGUUCGUAGUGUUACAAUGACCAUGCAUAGACACACAUCAGUAGUAGCAUAUGAUACCUAUCCAUAUAUAUACGCAUAUAUAUAUCCAUAAAUGUAUGUAUGUUUUAGUUCAGUUCUCCAUAUAUCCUCUGAAGCGCUUUUUUUUCUUUGGACAGGCAUUAUAUAGAUGUAUACAGUAUACACAGUUCACUUCUCCUGUGUGUGUGUGCGCGUGUGUGUGUGUUUGUCUGCGUGCCAUCUUUCAAGAAGGAAAGUCGGUAAAAAUAAAAUACGACAUUGUGGGGGUGUAUGACAUCAUUAACGGGUGUCAUAUGCGUGCCGUUGCCUUUCACCUGGUGUAUUGUCUAAGGAUUUAGUGUGUUUGAAUUUGCCCUAAGUGUGUUUGAAUGUUUGCGUGUGUGUCCAUCUGACUGUUUGUAGGGAGAAGGUAAAGUGAAAGUUGUUAGACUGACUUCGUCGAUGAUGUAUGUCUAUAUAGGUGCAUGUAGGUACGAGGCACGAACAUGUGUACGUAAUCUUAGACGGUUUUAUUUCUGUGUGACUGGAUGUGAAUGUGUGUGUAUGUGUACAUAAGAUGUUUCUCUCCCAAGCCGAGUAGUGUCGAUAGGUGGCUCUUCCUGAGCUCUCUCAAGAACUUGCACCCCUUGCGUCGCAUAAUUUCCGCAGCUCAUUGGCUCCUAACCUUUCAAUAACGCCUGCCUAUGUCUGAAAUGCUGCCAGUUUCAGGAGGAAUGCACUCGAACAUCUUUAAACGAUUGAAGGAUGAAGAAAAGCACUCUGAUGUCCUCUAAACUAAUGAAGGAUGAAUGAAAAAGGGAUGACUGUUGAAGUCCAGCAGCUUUCUUUUUAUUUUUAUGGUUUUCUAUGUCAUCAGUGUUAAUGUAGAAGAUCCAUAUUAUAGUAUUCAAUGAAGAUGCUUAAAUGUGUUUUAUACUUUUGAAGUUUUAGAGUUGUCAUUGGUUGCCAAAUAUUGUGUUUUUGCUGAGUAAAUGCUGUGAGGUUGGUAUAUAAAUAUAAUUAUAUAUAUCUUUCUUUCAUUGUGUUUUUUUUCUUCUCUGCUUUCUUUCUCCGAGUGCCACAAGCCCCACUGCUUUUCUGAAAGCGUUGUGUGUGCAAAGCACUAGUUAUGAUAGAAAUAAAAUACAAUGCUGGUUUAUCAAUCA